AUGGCCUCGGAGCAAGAAACAAUUUCCGCGACCGUACCAGUCUUUACCGCGAAGUUAUCAGACCCCGCCACCAAAUCUCCUCCUACAAUAUCAAGCCACCCCGAACCUGAUAACACCAGGGCAAGGUCAUUGAAACGAAAUCGACCAGAUCAAACGCAACCUCCGACAAAUCUUACAUCAAUCGCGAACGCGGGGCUGGUCGUUUCGCCUGCAAAAGCACCACGAUUCGGCGGCACGUUUUCUCCGGUAUUUCCUGCUGUGUCACUCACUGGGGCAGCGGCACUCGAAGACGAACGACGAAAGAUAGAAGAAGCGCAAAAAGGUCCACCCGGCGCUAUGAGCAAGAACCCUGGCCAUGAGGCCAUCACGUCUCUUCUAAGUGGAGGAGGAGUUGGCAUGAGUAAACUCCAAGAUGCUCCGGUGGCUACAAAUGCUAUGAGUGAAGGCAUGUCCGCAGCUGCGAGUGCACUGACGAUACCAACGACUUUGCCGUUCGAUGAGAGGCCCGAAACCAGUCCAGCGAGCGUCACAAGCCUUGCAAGCUUGGGCAGUACGGCACAAACCGCAACCGCUAGCCCUACAAUUGUUGCUAGUCCCCCUUCCAUGACCAAUACUUUAGAGGCCGAAAAUCGGGAUUCACGAUCAGGUAUCAACCAGCUUCAAGCCGCCAUUGAUGAACAGCACUCGAACAAAUCAAUGUCUUUCCCAGGCAAUAUGACACAAGUAGAUCCAUCGCAGUAUCCCACGCGAGUCAAGAAAAACCUUACGUGUGUCAGACUUGUCAAAUGA